CUCCCCGAUACCACGCUACUUCCCCAACUCAAAUCCACCCAAUAUGGCAAACCGGGGCUACGAUGUGGUUGUGGACGUGGAUGCCGAGGGCGACCUGGGGCAUACCGACCUGCAAGAGGACCUUGAAUUCCACCCAUCCAACUUUGAAAAUGACCAACGAAGCGCCAAAGUUCAAGGCGACUCCACCCCAUUCUUAGGCGGCGGCCCUUCUCGCGGUCGCCGCGAUCGCUCGCCUGGCGGCACCCCGACCAAGCACAGCUGGUGGUCAAUCCACUACUACGAGCGAUUCUUCGACGUCGAUACAAACGAAGUGUUGCGCCGCUGCAUGGCCGCACUCUACCCGCGCUCAAACUUCCUGGAUGUUCUCGAGGGCAACGCCGACCUUUACGGACCCGUCUGGAUCGCGACGACCGUCGUAGUCAUUCUGUUCCUGACCGGAACUAUCUCGCAGUGGCUAUCGAAUAACGAUGACAAGCAUUUCGAGUACGACUUUACUCUGCUGUCUGGCGCGGCGGGUCUGAUCUAUGGGUACACCGGAAUCCUGCCCAUUGCACUGUGGGGUGCGCUGCGGUGGUUCGGAAGCUCGACGGCGGACCUGAUUGAGUGCUGGGCAUUGUAUGGAUACUCGAACUUGGUUUGGAUUGGAGUUGCACUUGUCAGCUGGAGCCCGUUGACCGCGCUGAAUUGGGCGCUCGUUGGCGUUGGCUUUGCGUGGACGGUCUUCUUCCUCCUGCGCAAUCUGUACCCUGUACUAAACGCUACGGAUGCCAAGGCUAGCAAGAUCUUGUUGAUAUUGGUUGUCGUGCUACAUGCGGGUCUGGCGAUUGCUAUCAAGAUUCUCUUCUUUGCGCACGCGAGUCCAGUAUCGAAGAAGAACAAGGACAAGGAUCAAGGUGAUGACGAGAAGCGGAUGAUGUUCUAGCAAUGAAACUCCCCGCUAUAUUGGGAGACGCACGGGAUAACUGGUUCCAGGAUUUUGGUCUGGAUAUUGUCGGUAUUGCUCAGGAAGCACCUGUUUCUGUUUCGUUGGUCUUUGUUUCCUUAGUUAUAGGCGCUUUUACAUUGACUUAUGCAUGUAUUCUAUAGUAUCUGCUCGCCGUAGACGACUAGCAGUAUGCCAAUCGAAAUCGUAUCAGUAUUCAAACUACAACUAUUUCCCUACACUUCUCUGCUGCUCUUUCAUGCUGAGAAUAGCCAUGUCAUUUUUCCGAA